CAGAGCGCGAGCGUUAGGCGGCAUCCGGACUCUGAUUGGCUGAGCCCCAGCUCCCAUUGAUGCGUCCGCUGCGGAGCUUGGAGCUGACUAUCGCUCCUAUUUUCUGGGUUACUGUAGUUUUUAACAGCGCAGCAGCAGCAGCGGCAGCAGCAGCGGCCCCGUGUGCACUAAAACAUCCCGAAUCUACCCGUCAAGCUCGUCUUUGAGCAUCACCGAGCCGCAGCCAGGAUGACGGAGGCGGACGCGUUGGAGAAGAAGCAGCAGCAGCACAAGUCCAGCAACGGGGAUGUUCAUCCAGAGGCCAAGACAGAAGACGCGUUUGAUCCCACGUACAAAGAGAAGGAGGGCCCCAAGCCCAGCAGAGUCGUCGUAUGGAGAAACGUUAUCCUCAUGACCCUGUUGCAUAUAGCAGCCGCGUACGGCGUUUUCCUGAUCCCUUCAGCAUCUCCUCUGACCUUGCUUUGGUCUGCACUUUGUUUUUUGAUAAGUGCUUUAGGAAUUACUGCAGGAGCUCAUCGCCUGUGGAGUCACAGAUCCUACAAGGCCACAUUACCUCUAAAGAUCUUCCUCGCCGUAGCUCAGUCCAUGGCAUUUCAGAACGAUAUCUUCGAAUGGGCUCGAGACCACAGGGUUCACCACAAAUACUCGGAGACGGACGCCGACCCUCACAACGCCAAGCGGGGCUUCUUCUUCGCCCACAUCGGCUGGCUGCUGGUGCGCAAGCACCCCGACGUCAUCGACAAAGGAAACAAGCUGGAGCUCAGCGAUCUGCUGGCCGACAAAGUUGUAGUGUUUCAAAGGAAGUAUUACAAGCUCUCCGUGGUGCUCAUGUGCUUCUUCAUCCCCAUGUUCGUGCCUUGGUACCUGUGGGGGGAGUCCCUGUGGGUGGCGUACUUCGUCCCGGCCUUGCUGAGGUACACCCUGGUGCUGAACGCCACUUGGCUGGUCAACAGCGCCGCUCACAUGUGGGGAAACAGGCCCUACGACAAGAACAUCAACCCCAGGGAGAACAAGUUCGUCACCUUCAGCGCCAUAGGUGAGGGAUUUCACAACUACCACCACACGUUCCCCUACGACUACGCGACCAGCGAGUUUGGCUGCAAGUUGAACCUCACCACUUGCUUCAUCGACUGCAUGUGCUUCUUGGGGCUGGCCAAGGACCGCAAGACAGUGUCCCGCCAACUGGUCAUGGCCCGAAUACAACGCACUGGAGACGGCAGCUACCACAGUGGCUAGGCCCGCCGAACUGUUUGUCAGCUUUAAGGCAGAAGAAGAAGAAGAAGAAGCUUCACAGUCCUUUGACAGCUCUACAUUUCUCAUCCUCUGAGGAUUCAAGUCAGCUUCACGAGGGCCUCGACCACAUUUUGCUUGUUUUUGUGGUUUCUGUAGCUGUAAACAAAACAAAUUGUUCAAGAUAGUAAAAAAAAUAAUCAAAAACAAAAAAAACAAACCAACAUGUUUUUCCAAGCUCUUCCCUUUUGAUUUGAAUCAUUCAGUCAGGCCAAGGGCUUGGAAAGACGUUUCCGAUUUGAAGUAGAUGCAUUUUUAAAGGUUCAACUUCAUCCUCCUCAUCCGCCGUUUUGACACUUUGGUGUGCGUUCUUCAUGCAAAGGUCAAGUCAUGUAGCCGAUCAUUUUUAUGUAAGUAUUACUCAAUUAUUAAUCAGAAACGCCUGGAAAGGGGACUGAAACACAGAGCGACAAUGUUGCAACUGACGAGAAAACUGAAUGCCUUCAUUGCAGUUCGUGGCAAGUUUUUAACGGUUAUGUAAAUGAGGUUUGCUUAAGUUUUGAGAAACAAAAAAAAAAAACGGAUGAGAGUUAGAUUUUUUUUUUAUUAUUUUUAUUUUUUUAAAUGUGUGCGUUAAAAGAAAGGAAUCGUGCGGGCUUUAAUGAAAUGUUGCACAUGACGAAACAAAGAAGGAACCCAGACCUUCUUCUUAUAAAAUCCGACCGUACUGACUGGGUUGCAUCUGCAGGUGGCCAUGGCAUUUAUGUAGAGAAGAACAUAGAUAAGGAUUAAUGUGUACAAUAUCUAGCCUGUGUAAUAAUAAUUGGAUGGUGUUUUCUCUUAUUAUUAUUACUAUUAUUAUAAAAGAUAUAUUUAGAUUAAAACUGCCAUUUAAUGUUAAUGACAAAUGCCAAUUUACCUAAGAGACAUGCAACAUUUAACUGAGUUUGUUGUGUUUUUAAUCAGUGCCAAAAGCCUGCCAGUUGUCAACAUAUUUACAACCACCUCUAUGGUCCUUUAGAGCACACUAAAUUGACAUUGCUGUCUAACAUUAAGUGAUUGUGGAGUUUUUUUUUUUUUGUUUUUUUGUUUUUUUAAUUUCUUUUAAAUGUUGUGGCAUAUUUUUCCUGGGAUCUCAUUGGUCGGCAGCCGGUCAUGUGACAGUUCUGGCGUUACAAAAACAACAUGCCACCCAUGCAUGGCGAUACGUAGGUGUUGUAGUGAGCUGUUGUGCCAGUGGCUGUAAUGGCAGUCUGUUUUUUUUUUUUGGUUUGUUUUUUUUAGUUUUUUUGUUGUUUUUGUUGUAUUUUUUCUUUUUUUUUUUUGUACUGUGGAGCUUCAUCGCUUUUGGAUCAUCAGAACUGUUGCCGUGGUGAUUUCUAGACGGGGUCUGAUUUCCCUUUGCUGUCCUACAAAGAUUGAUUGUUAUUACCAAAAAAAAAAAAAAAAAAAAAAAAAGAAGAAAAAUUAGGUGCAUCAAUGUUCAUGUUUAUCAUCAAUUCAAGUGUGUGGAAUGCUUAUAUUAUUUAUGUAUUUAUUUCGUUUUUUUAAAAAAAUAUAUAUUAUUUUCAUUGGCUUAUAAAAAAAAUCUAACCUGAUAUUUCUGCAUUCCAAGAUUUGCCAGACGUAAAAAAAAAAAAAAUUAUAUAUAUAUAUAUGCAUAUAUAUGUGAAAAUGUGUCAAAUUGGAGCACCCGUUUAUUUCUUCCCGAGAGUCAGGAUACAACCUAAUGCCUUAUGACUUGCAUCCAUUCCUUCACAUCCUGCCAGUGAAGACAAAACGGUUCCAAGUAUCACAAUAUAAAAUCGGAGUUCCACGUUUACAGGGCGAUUGCAACCAAGUGGGAUAUUAUUUUUAUUCUGGAAACACACGUUUCAUUUCGGCAGACGGUAGCAUGGGAGCAAACCGCGAACGUGGGUUCACUUUAAAACGAAUCCGACGCGAACUUCACACAGACGUGUGUAAAGAUUUUCAAUCGUGGUUCCCGCUAGUCUCAACUCGAGAACUCAAAACUCAAUCUAGUGUGCCGUCAUGAGGAAUGUUAGAGCAUCAUCAGAGCACUUAACAAAUCCGACAGUAUCACGAGCCAUGUAAACCACUCCCGCUGUCAGCAGCGCCAAAAAAAAAAGAAAAAAAUAAUCAGCCUUUUUCCUAACGGCGAGGAGGAUCGUAAGGUUUUCAGAGUGAACAUGUCAUCUCAACUGUAUUCUAUUCUGAAAUAAAAUUCACAAUAUUUUCAAUACACUCGUAAUUCUGUUAACAAUUGUGCUUUUUUUCGUGGUUUAAUACUCUUGUCUUUGCCUUAUACGGUUAUAAAAAAUCUGCACUGCA